UAAAGAGGAGACAAGUGCAGUAAGUACUGAGUGACAGUGAGACAGGAGCAGAUACUGCAGUGAUGGACAAGUUUUUGAAAAGGAAAGAACUGGACUCUGAACAAAAUUCGCAGCCAGAUGAGAGCCCAAGUAUGAGUGGGGAUCAAAAGAAAGCAAAGAUGGUUAGCUCAAGCAAAUUCUCUGGCACAAGGCAAUAUAGCGAAAGCUAUAUUUCAUUUGGAUUUACUUUCACUGGAGAUGCAAAGAAACCAACUCCACUGUGCGUGGUGUGUGGUGAAAAGCUAUCUAACAGUGCUAUGGUCCCAAGUAAACUUAAACGCCAUCUCCAAACGAAACACCCUUCGCUUCAAAAUAAGAAUGCGGACUAUUUUGUUUGCCUGCGUGAAAACACGGAGAAACAGGCAACUUUCAUGAGAAAAACCACAAAGGUAAAUGAAAGAGCUCUUAAAGCUAGCUAUCAAGUUGCUGAACUUAUAGCCAAGUCAAAAAAGUCGCACACUGUGGCAGAGACAUUAAUACUUCCCGCCUGCAAAGCUAUUGUAGAGGAGAUGCUAGGACCUGAAGCAGCUAAGGAAAUAGCCAAAGUCCCACUCUCAGACAACACAAUUUCCAGACGUAUUAAUGACAUGUCUGCAGACAUUGAAAGUGUGGUUUUGGAAAAGAUCCGUAUCAGUGAGAAAUUUGCAUUGCAACUUGACGAGUCUAUUGAUAUCAGUGGACAUGCUCAACUUUUGGCCAAUGUGCGUUUUGUGGAUGGUGAUGCAAUUAGAGAAAACUUCUUUUUUUGCAAGGCAUUGCGAGAAAAAACAACAGGAGAAGAAAUUUUUCGGGUCACAUCAGAAUACCUUGAACAAGGAGGACUUAAGUGGGAAAACUGCACAAGUGUCUGCACUGAUGGAGCUGCAGCCAUGGUCGGGCACACCAAAGGCUUUGUAAGCAGAGUGAAAGAAAGAAAUCCAGAUGUGAUUGUUACACAUUGUUUUUUACACCGUGAGGCCCUCGUAGCCAAGACUUUACCAGCAGACCUAGUUCCUGUGUUGGAUGAUGUUGUGCGCAUGGUCCGGUGGUUGUCGCGUGGCAAGGUCUUGGUUUGUGUGUAUGAGCUGCGGGAGGAACUUAAAGUGUUUCUGACAAAUGACAGGUCAGAUUACGCAAAGCUGCUUGCAAGUGAUGAGUGGUGUGCAAGGCUGGCAUACCUGGCAGAUAUUUUUCAUCAUCUGAAUGAACUGAACACACGAAUGAAAGGCCGAAAUGAAAACUUGCUUAUAAGUACAGAUAAAACAAAUGGAUUCCGUUCAAAGGUGCAACUCUGGCAUCAACACAUGGAAAGUGGCAAUCUUGAAAUGUUCACACUCACCAAGCAAUGGCAAGGUGUUCACACUGCUGCACUGUGUGAGAUAAUAGUUAAACAUUUAAAAACUCUCGAGGAGAAGCUGACAUUUUAUUUCUCUUCAGUCUCCACUGAAUGCCUUGACUGGGUUAGGGACCCUUUUAGCUCAGCAUCAAUUGGUGGAAAGGACAUGACUUUACAGGAGCAGGAGGAACUAACUGAACUGAGACAAAAUCGUGGUUUCAAGCUAAGAUUUGCUGAUCUACCUCAGUUUUUGGUUGGAUACUGCCAAGGAGUUCCCCGUUCUGGCAAACAAAGCUAUUUUGACAUUGCUCCCAUUUUCCAUUACAUAUCUGUGUGA